AUGAGGAUCGAGACUUGUUUUUUCUGCGGUAGGCCAUCCUACCCGUCAAAGGGCAUUACUUUUGUCCGAAACGAUGGCAAAUCAUUCAGAUUCUGCCGGUCAAAAUGUCACCGGAAUUUCAAGAUGAAGCGUAAUCCUCGCAAGCUCAAGUGGACGAAGGCCUACCGCAAGAACGCCGGCAAGGAGAUGGUUGUCGACAGCACAUUGCUCUUCGCCGCCCGCCGAAACGUGCCCGUACGCUACAACCGUGAGCUCAUCCAGAAGACACUCAAGGCCAUGGAGCGCAUCGGCGAGAUCCGGUCACGGAGGGAGCGCGUCUUCUACAAGAAGCGCAUGGCUGGCAAGCGUGAGCGCGAGCUCGCCACGGCCAGGAAGCUGGUCGCCGAGAACGAGCACCUACUACCCCGUCUUCGUGGUAGCGAGAAGAAGAGAUUGGCCGAGCUGGAGGGUGCGGACCGUGAGCGUGAGGAAGAAGCCAUUGCCCGCAAGUCGAAGAAGACCAAGGCGUUUGGCGGUGAGACGAGGAGAGUCAGAGUCCUGGUGGAUGGAGGCAUCGAGGAGGUCACAGAGAGGACAGAAGGUCAAAUCUAUGGCGAGGAUGACGAGGACGACGACGAUGAGGAAGACGAUGAUGAUGAGAUGGAUAUGGACUGA